AUGACUGCUGCUGUGUAUGACAAUGACAUCGACAAAUUUAUUCAAGAUCAGAAGUCUAAACUUGCAAAUGAAAGGCAACGCCUCAACGAUGAUGGGGAGAACAAACGCAGAACAUGGGACAGAACUGGACGUAAUGACUACACGCUAGCAGAGCAGACACAACGUAGACCCAUGUCUGGGGGCCGCACAGGGCUGCCGAUCGGAGGGGAUGGUGCUGAACUCAAGAAGCGCCAGAUGCAGGCUGAAAGAAAUCGAGAAUAUAACGAAAUGGUUCAGAAGAAACCACCCCCACGCCGCCGCUUCCCUGUAACACCCCCAACCCCCAUGACACGUCAGCGUGCACGGGAAUCAGAUGCUGAGGAUCCAGCACCUGCACCUGCACGUGAGGGUGCUUCCCCGAGGCUGUCGGAGAAUCGAGAGCCCCCACCCCAGGGACAGCGCAGUCUACAGGCAUACUGUGAACUACUGGCCAAGCAAGAGUUGUCUCCCCGGAGGAAACCCUUAACACCAGUGGAGGGCAUGGGUUUGCCUGUAGGCCAGUACGAGAACACUAAACGUAAACUACAACAUGAUAUCCAGCGACAGUACAGGGAAAUGUUAACACAGCAACAAGAAGAAAAUGACAGAUUAACCCUUCUACAGCUGGGUCUUGCUGGAAAAGUCGCACUCCCUUCCGACUUGCCAGAUCAGAAGGAAAAUGUUUGCCCUGAGAGUGUCAUUUGGCCAGAAUAUGAUCCUAGCGAUCACAUUGAUCACAGUAUGCAAUAUGAAGAUUACGAUCUCGGCAUACAGAAAGCUAAAGUCCAACAGUUCGAAGCUCUUGAAGAUAUUGGGCGUCGUGGAGAGAAAUUACGCAGGAAGUUAGAUGAAGAAACAAUACGAGAAUCAGACCAAGAGAACACAUUACGGGAAGAAGUGUGGAGACGACAUCAGGGAAAUCCACCUGAGAACACAACAGAAUUUCGACCAGCUUACUUCAAAAUUGGUGACUAUGAGAAGUACCGCCAGGCUCUAAAUGACCAGCGUAGAGAAGAGUACAAUGAAUUGUUAGACAAGCUGAAGGAGGUUAAACCAAGGCAAAGGUACUUCAAGACCGAAGCCCAGCAUGAAGCCAGUACCAGAAGGAAGACUGAGCCAGAUCAUACGUUCCCCCAUUAUAAUGAACUGCGCAAAGAGUACAUUCCUCUCCAAGAGAAGCCAACAGUACACAACCGCCGCCUAUGGCGGGAACCGUCCGAAGAGCUUGGUCUGCCCAUCGGGGAGUAUGACAAGAAGAAGAAAGAGCUGGCUGAUCAGCGGAGGAGAGACAUGCAGGCCAACCUCAGCAAGCAGCAGCAGCAACAACAACAACCCUCCUCCAGAAGACAGUGGCAGGACACGGACCAGUCAGGGCUCAAAUUUGCAACACAGGAUCAAACUGCUAAGUUUAAUGAGGAGAAGAGACAAGAGUACAAUAAAGCCAACAGUAAAAAGACUGUGGAAACUUCCAACCGGCUGUGGCGUGAGCCGUCUUCAGAGAAAGGGUUAAAGAUCGGAGAGUAUGAGGAAAAAAAGAAGGCACUAGCAGCAGAGAGACGCAGAGAUUUUGAGAGAUCUAUGGCUGGAAAGAGGGAUGAUGGACCACACACAUGGAGGGAACCCUCGUUUGAGAGGGGUUUACCUCUAGGCCAGUAUGAGACCACUAAGCUUAAGUACCAAGCUGAAAGGAACAGGGACUACAAUGACCUGCUUGACCGACAGUCAAGCAGCCCCCAGGGUAGCCAGACAUGGCGGGGGCCCACAUCGGUACCCCCACUGUACUUCGGUAGUAGGGAGGAGGAAGUAGAACGUCUAGCCCAAACUGAGCGAGAGUAUUUCAACUUGUUGGCUAAGCUGGGCCCCAAGGAUCCUUUACCUCCCCAAAACCUGCCACUGAGGGUUUCUGAACCGACUGGGCAUGACCUGUACAGGUUCAGCUGGGCCCCAAUGGAUCCUGCGGCUGCUUGUACUAGUCCAGACCUGCCCCCAAACCUGCCACCCCACAGUGAGCAUGGUACCCCACUGAACAUUAUACUGACUCAGGGAUGA